AUAAUAAUGGGUUACUAUGUCGGCACCGGCACCGGCGUAUUGGGAACUGUAUGUCUCUUAGCGACAAUAUCAGCACUAUUACAUAAUACCAGUGCAAUGAGGGUUAUACGACCGCCCAUUGAAUCGUCGACAACACCCGAACCKCCGAUGGACAGAGAAAACGGUAUCUACACUGUAGUCGGWCCRUCAAAAUUGAGGCCCGACAGCGACUAUCACGUAGCCGUUACGGGCACUGGCCUUAAACAGCCGACCGUAAUGACCGUACGAGUGGGCGACCAGAGUGGCCAACAUUCGCUUAGCAAACAACUGGAGCUACCCGUAGCCGAUUCGGCACAGAAUCUCCAGUUGCCAAUACCUGCCGAUUGGCCAGAAUCGGGUAAUUAUACCUUGAAUGUAGAGGCCAGUCACGGUGGUGUAGGUAGUGGUGAYGGUAGCAAACAGUAUCGGCAAAACAAAUCGCUAGAGUUUCAACAGAAAUCCCGAUCGGUAUUCAUUCAAACGGAUAAAGCGAUGUACAAACCGGGACAGUUGGUCCAGUUUAGGGUUAUUGUWGUCGAUCCCCGGCUCAGGCCUACAGUGAAUACCAGUGUCGAUAUCUAUAUUAAGGACUCGAAAGGCAAUCGUAUAAAACAAUGGCUAAAAUCWCAACCGACUACCGGCUUGAUUAGCGGCUACGAUCUACAACUAUCCGAACAGCCGAUGCUCGGCGAUUGGACAAUAGUGGCCGAAYUGGCUGGUGGUAGUGGUGGCCAACGUUUUCAAAAAACAUUUACCGUAGCCGAGUAUGUAUUGCCGACGUUUGACGUUACCGUACAGUUGCCGCCGUAUGCAACGUAUAAAAAAUCGGAUAUAUUGGCCACUGUUMRGGCYAUCUAUACGUACGGUCGUCCGGUCAAAGGUGAGGCUACGUUGACUGUCCAACGUAAGGAUCAACACUACUAUUACUAUGGCGGCGGCGGUGAUAGUGGACGUCAGGAACAGCCUAAAUAUCAGACAAAAGUCAAACUAGGAUCGGGAGGUACGGCCGGAUCGGUGGACAUACCGGUGAAUAUUGUACGCGAUUUGCAAAUCGAUGCAAACAAUCAAAACUAUGAACAAGAGAUUGAAUUCCGGGCCGAAGUUGAGGACGAACUAAGCGGACGGCGCUAUAAUCGGACGGCUGUGUUGAAAGUCUAUACCAACGAUGUUAAGGUUGAUUUGGUUAAGACAUCCCAGACGUUCAAACCGGGCCUUAACUAUACGGCCUAUUUGCGUGUUGCCUAUCGUGACGAUACACCCGUCGAGGAUAACCCCCUGCAGCCACUGAUAUUCAAAUACCGUUUYUCGUACGAUGAAUGGGAAGUCCAUCAACAGGAGCUACCCGUCCUGAAAGGUGUAGCCAUUAUCGAUCUGAUACCUCCACCGGAUAAAGACAUAUUCCGAAUGCACGCCGAAUACAGAGGACAGUCGUAUAAUUUGGAGGAUAUCCGGGCCUCGAAAUCACCGUCGAAUAGCUAUCUGCAAGUCCAACAAAAACAGUCUACCGGUGCCAAACAGGUUCAGCCGAAAGUUGGCGAUGACCUAACAUUUGUAGUUAACAGUACCGAACCAUUGGACCCGUCAGUAUCGUUGGUCUAUCAGAUUAUGGGCAGAGGAGAUAUAUUGGCCACCAAUACCGUACCUGUAGUGGCAGCCAAUCAACGAUCGGUAGAAUUUUCGGUAAAAACUACAAGUAAAAUGUCACCGAAUGCCCGAUUGAUUGUCUAUUAUAUACGACCGGCCAAUUCGGAACUGGUAGCCGAUGCCCUGAAUUUCAAUGUUGACGGUGUAUUUGAAACACCUGUUUCAGUGUCAACUGAUGUCCAGACUACCAAACCGGGAGCUCAGGUCCAGAUUCGGGUGGACAGUAAACCACGGGCCGUAGUCGGUGUACUCGGUGUCGACCAAUCGGUAAUGCUAUUGAAAUCGGGUUUCGAUGUUAGCCGCGAUGAUGUUAUCGCCGAAUUGAAAUCAUACGAUACUAUUCAACAACAAUCGUCGGGUUCGGGUGGUUCGGGUGGCGGUCGCUGGUCAUACUGGAGACCCGGUUCGACCACUACGGGCGAAAUGUUUGACGACUCGGGAGUGGUUGUACUGACCAAUGGACACAUUCAUCGGCCGGAGCCGAUGUUUGAAAAUAACAUUGCAUUUGCUGCCGAGGAAGCCUAUCAAAAUGUUGACAAAAUGGCUGCCGAUAGCUAUGAUGAUAAUGAUGAUACAGGUGCUCAUUCAGCACCAUCAUCAUCAUCAUCAUCACAUACCGGUGCUCAGGUCCAGCCAAAAUUGCGUAAAAAUUUUCCCGAAACUUGGCUAUGGACUACUGUCAAUGUCAUUGGUAACGGUACGGCCGUUAUCAACAGUGCCAUACCCGACACCAUUACCUCAUGGUUUAUCAGUGCAUUUGCCAUCGAUGAUGAUACUGGUCUGGGUAUAGCUGCCAACAGUGCUAAGGUAACCGUUUUUCGGCCAUUUUUCAUACAACUAUCGCUGCCCUACAGUAUCAUACGGGGCGAGACUGUUGCCCUUCAGGCACAGGUAUUCAACUACCAGAGCAAACCAAUGCAAGCCGUGAUUACAAUGGAUAACCAGAAACAGGAGUUCCGAUUUACCGAUGCACCCAAUGAAGUGUCGGCCACCGAUAAUACAACCAAAUCCCAGUCGCUGACCAUACCGGCCAACGAUGGCGUAGCCGUCAAGUUUGUCAUUACGCCCACCCGAGUCGGCUAUAUAGACAUCAAACUGACUGCCACAUCGGAUACAGCCGGCGAUGCUAUUGUCAAGAAAUUGCUGGUCAAACCCGAAGGCCAGACUCAAUACUUUAAUAAAGCCGUAUUGGUUGACCUCCGCAACAAUGCCAGUGCCGGCAGUGCCACACCUGAGAAGCGUCUAUUCAAACGUAGCCUAGCGUUGACUGUACCCGAAGAUGCUGUCACCGAUUCGGCCAAAGUGUCGGUGUCGGCCACCGGCGAUAUUAUGGGACCGACGGUCAACAAUUUGGACGAUUUGCUGCGUAUGCCAUACGGUUGUGGCGAACAAAAUAUGCUUAACUUUGUACCCAACAUUGUCGUACUGGACUACCUGACCAAAGCUGGCCUAUUAACCGAUGCAAUUAAAUCUAAAGCCCUGAAACAUAUUGAAUCGGGUUAUCAACGGGAGCUGACCUACAAACGUGAUGACGGGUCGUAUUCGGCAUUCGGCAAAUCGGACAGCGCUGGUAGCACUUGGUUGACUGCAUUUGUUAUCAAAUCAUUUUUGCAGGCCCGCGGAAAGGUCGAAAUGGACAACCAAUCAAUUAAACAAUCAAUUGAUUGGCUAUUGAGACAACAAUUACCGGACGGAUCGUUCAACGAAACGGGUGUUGUCCUACAUAAGGAUAUGAAGGGCGGAUCGGCUGAAUCAUCGCCCGUAUUGUCAGCCUAUGUAUUGAUUGCUAUACUACACGACSAGUCGGCCGAUCARUCUSAAGCUACGGGAGUCGGUUACSAGAAAACUGUCCAACUAUUGGCCCGUGAAGUUCAGUCAUCGGAUAAUCCAUACGAUGUAGCGUUGAUGACCUAUGCCYUGCAUUUGGCCAACAGUACCCAUAAAGACCAGGCUUUCGGUCGGUUGACUAGUUURGCCCAAAAGUCACCCGACUAUAUGUGGUGGCAGGAGUCGGCUAAAAGUUCAAACACUACCGGUGCUGAUGACCAGAAAAAAUCGGCACAUUUUUCGCUACCCAAGUCCUAUGACGUUGAGAUGACUAGCUAUGCCCUAUUGGUUUUGGUGGCCAGGGAUGACAUUGAAUCGGCUGUACCCGUACUCCGAUGGUUGAUAUCCAAACAAAAUGCCCAGGGUGGUUUUGCCUCUACCCAGGAUACGGUUAUCGGUAUUCAAGCACUGGGAGCACUGGCCAGUCGGGUAGCAUCCGAUGGCAAGACAUCGAUGCAAUUGAAGUAUCAGUUUGGCAACGAUGGCGGAGAAGCCCGCGAUAUGGCUAUCGAUGCCCAAAAUGCUAUUGUUUUGCAACGUCUAGACCUGCCGUCCAGUGUCCGAUCGGUUGAUAUCAGUGCCGAAGGUCAGGGUUCGGCAAUUGUCCAGUUGUCCUAUCAGUACAAUUUGGCCACUGCUUCGGAAUCUCCAGCAUUUGCUCUAACGGCCAAAUUGGACAACAAAUCUACCGAUAAUUUCCUCUAUAUUAAUGUCUGCACACAUUAUUUGGACGGAUUGGCCACUAAUAUGGCUGUAAUUGAUGCCGAACUGCCGUCGGGUUUUGUGGCCGAUUUGGAAAAGUUGGACGAUAUUCGCAAAGUGGACAGUCGUGUCAAACGUGUCGAAACCCAGAAGGGCGACACACAAGUCAUACUGUAUUUUGAUAAAAUUACAGCCGAUGAAAUUUGCGUACAACUACCGGCACAACGCACCCACCGUAUAGCCAAUCCAAAGCCCGUACCCGUACAGGUCUACGACUAUUAUAAUCGUCAAAAGGCCGCUAGAGUUGUGUUUGAACCGAAACCGGUGGCCAUUAAUAAUUUGAUUGACUUGUAGUUUAUUAUUAUUAUUAUUAUUAUUAUAUAAUCACAUAAUUAAUAAAAAUUAUUAUUAAUAUUAUAAUUACAU